CUCCCUGACCCCAUUCCCUGUCCCCAGGGCACGAGCGUGCUGUCCCCGUUCCUGCACAUCGGGGCCGUGCUCGCCCUGGCCGUGAUGAUCUACAAGAAAUCGGCCGUGCAGCUCUUCGAGAGACACCCCUGCCUCUACAUCCUCACCUUCGGCUGCGUCUCCGCCAAGAUCACCAACAAGCUGGUGGUUGCUCACAUGACCAAGAGUGAGAUGCACCUGUAUGACACAGCUUUCCUGGGCCCAGCUCUGCUCUUCCUGGACCAGUAUUUCAACAGCUUCAUCGACGAGUACCUCGUGCUCUGGAUCGCCCUGGUGCUGUCCCUGCUGGACCUGCUCCGCUACUGCGUCAGCGUCUGCUCCCAGAUCGCCGCCCACCUGCACAUCCAUGUGUUCCGCAUCCAGGGCCGCCCCUCCCACUCCAACCACCACUAGGGAACCGGGAGCCGCCAGGAAAAACAGGAAAGGGUUGCUCUCCUGCGUGACCGGGUGACGGAGGAGAGCGGAGGCGCGACGAGACCCAAGUAAUUAAUAAUCGCGAUCACUUUAUCUGACUCUGGCUCUGGGACCGGUGACACUCCCCGACAGUCUCCUGCCUCGGGAGAGCCCAUUCCAGAGGCAGCUCCGCAGUCAGCCCUGUCGGUUCCGGGCCUGGGAACAGCACGCAGGGAUAACGCUCUGUCUUUGUGAUUCCCUUGAUUCCAAAUUAACUCUCUGGCGAACGGAUCCCCACGAGUCUCUAACGUAGUGUCAGUGCAGCCAGAUCUGCUUUGGGUUCUAAUCUCUCAUCAUCUCCUAGUGAAAUACUCCCGUAGUUCCACUCAGAUUGAUUUUACUAAAGACCCGAGCUGGUUAAACACACAAACACCCUGAGGUAUCUCACUGCCUUGCCUUGGAGCCCGGGCUGGGCUGGUUUUUCUUUUUUUUUU